GAUUGAUAUCGCUCAACACAGCGUAAAGCUCCGGCUGUGUCGAUUGAGCGAUUGAUGUCCCUCUGCGGCAGUCAUGUAUUUUAACUGCAGUUGCAGCGUUGCCCCACUUUUGAGGUGCUAUAUCAACAGCAGUGCACAGAUCAUGACACAGAGGCAUCACUGGGCUCCUAGAGAACACGCCAGAGUGUGCUGUGAACAUUCUGUCUCUGGCGUGUUGACGCCAGUGUCGGAUGGAAGUCGACGGCAGCUGUACGGACGGCACAAGCUCAGCUGAUCUCCGAAUCGAACCCACGUUUCCUCGGCGGCUGGAGCUGCGUGCGCCAAGAGAGGCCUCUGCUGACAGUGCACUCAGACUCGCCCUCACUCGUGCUGAGUGCAGCACGCCCAAGCAGCAACAAGCCUGCAGCCUGUCAAGAAUCAACACACCUGGAUUUGAUGAGAGGGAGCAGCGUAAAAGCCAGCAGACCCGAGGAACCUUUGCCAGAACGUCGCUAUCUUCUCAUGACUCCCCUGUCUUCCGUGAUCGUACCUUGCCUCUCAACAUCCAUCCGGAUUCAUAACUGCCUUCCUCGAUCCACGACCUCCCUGCUCAGACCCAGACCACGCUGCCUCGCUCCUGCCCCAGACAUCUUGCCUACUCACGAACUGCCUCUUCGCCUUGCCCCUCUGGAUUCGACGAAGGAUACAACCAACACUCACAGACAACAAACCCUGGUAACAUUUACAUUAUUAAUAUUACACAUAGUCAUCACUCAUUCACUUAGAGUAGCAUACACACGCCAUGUAUCAUCAAAGGUUUAAAUAAACCUUGUGAACCCCAGUUGUGCCCUGGUUGUCGCCUCCUUCCCUCCUCUGUACAUAACAAGUUUCUGAUUUAUUAAAUUGUGUAACGGUGCAAAA